GGGUCCAGGUUCCCGGGUCGGCCGGAUCUGGCUUUCGGCGCGCAGUCCCGCCCGUGGGGAGCCGCCACUCACCCUGUGAGCGCCGAGCCUAGCCCAGACCCCGACCUAGGGCGCCCUAUCCCCGGCCUCUCCCCUCCCGGCGCUCGGGGAUCGGCUGCUCGGCCUGACUCCGCCCGACCAGGCCCGCUCCGCGGGGCCUUCCGCCCGGGGUCCUCGGCUCCGGCUGUCCCCCGCCCCCCCGGCCCGCACCCUCCGCCACCGCCAUGAGCGGGGUGGCGAUCCCCCACACGCCCAUCGCCGUGGACCUGUGGAGCCUGCGCCGCGCCGGGUGCGCGCGGCUCUUCUUCUUGUCGCACCUGCACGCGGACCACGCGGCGGGGCUGGGCAGCAGCUGGGCGCGGCCUCUCUACUGCUCCCCGCUCACCGCGCGCCUCCUGCGCCGCCGCCUGCGGGUGUCUGAGCAGUGGAUCCGAGCUCUGGAAGUCGGGGAGAGCCAUGUAUUGCCUCUAGAUGACGUGGGACAGGAGACCAUGACUGUCACUCUCCUGGACGCCAAUCACUGCCCCGGCUCAGUCAUGUUUCUCUUUGAAGGAUACUUUGGAACCAUCCUCUACACAGGUGAUUUUCGGUAUACACCAUCCAUGUUGAAGGAGCCGGCCCUGGCUUUGGGGAAGCAGAUCCAUACACUAUACCUGGAUAACACCUACUGCAACCCAGCCCUGAUUCUUCCUUCCCGACAAGAAGCUACACGCCAGAUCAUCCAACUCAUUGAAAAGCACCCACACCACAACAUAAAGAUCGGUGAGUUGUUCUCCUUUCCUCUUAUA